AUGGCGAAGUCGUCCCGCCGGAAGACACCCGCGUCGACACCGGCCUCGUCGGGCGCUUCGACCCCAAGUUCUGUGUCCUCUGGCCCCAUUCCACCGUUCACCAAGGCCCCGUCGAUCCUCAAGUCUUUCGUCGAGCCGCUCUCCCCGGAUGAAGUAUAUCUCGUUCACAUCGACACCUCGGCGACGGAGCUGAAAUGGCAGACCUUCAUCGUACCAACGGUGGUCAACGUGGUGGUGGCUGCGGUGAUCGCGCUGCGCAUGUACUGGGGCUUUAGUACGUACCCAGCAUUGGUAGCCAUCCUGAUUGGAAUGGAGAGCUCCCUGAGCGUCGACACAGCCACAACACCGUGGACAGAAUUAGCACAGAUCAUCCUCCGACGGGUAGGCGCCAUACUGAUCGACUACUUCCUCGUGACGCUGUUUCUGUCCUGGCCAAUUCACUUCGUGCUCGGUCCCGUGCGCUGGCGUCGCGCCGUUGGCUUCCGGGACCGCGAGAUCAUCGUCCGCCGCAGCCACCGCAAUUGGAGCAAGAAGCUCGAGCGCAACAAGUGGAUUCGUGACAACGAGGCUAUGCGUGACAAGAUCGUGGCCGCCGUGACUCCCGAGCGCAUCGGCAAAACGGGAUACCUGCUCGUUGACGCGGACUGGAACCUGGACUAUGGCGCCAUGGUCCGUGCCCACGCGCUGGUCGACCUGACCCGCAAGGGCGAGGGCGUGCAACUAGACGAGUUCCGCACGGCUGUGCUGGUUCACACUGACUCGGACGGCUGGCUGAUCUGGCGUGUUGGGGAUGAAAAUACGCCCGCAGGACGUCAAAAAUCGGCUCAGCGAGAUCAGAUCUUGGCCUUUAGGGAAAGGUUGACUGCGAUGGGCAAGGAAGACUUAUUCUUCCGCUGGGUCGAGCUGGUUCAGUGGGAAAGCUCGCAGCCUGGCGGGUUCACGGCGGAGAGGCAGCGGUCUGCUAUGCUGGAGGCUCAGCAGAUGUUCAAAGACGAAAAUGUAGAUUUCAGUCAAUUCUGGGAUGAUCUCGGGGGCAUGGAAGGCGUUGAAGAGGCAGCGACGUGA